UUCAGGUUUAUAACGAAAACCAAAAUACAAACCGAUCGGUUCGGUUUAAGACGAGACUAAACCUAACCGAUUCCUCCUUCUUCUUCCUCAGUCCUCACCCGACUCGACUUCUCUCUUCUCUCUUCCUCUCGUGUUUGAUUUCGGCCAAGAAGCUCAAGAGGUCAAAAUCAACAAUUGGAAAUUACAUUCCUUUCUCUCUGAAGUGAAAUCGAGAUGGUUUCCUUUGGUUAUUUUGCCAGGGUCGCAAAAAGGAAGGUAAAACCAAAGUUUCGUCGUCGACGAUCGGUUCGGGUUUGUAAAGAUAUGAGCAGAAUCAGUGAGUUGUCUGACGAAUUGCUGAUCACGAUACUAUCGUUUCUUCCAACCAAAGUUUCUGUCUCCACUAGCAUCUUGUCCAAACAGUGGAAGUUUCUUUGGAUGUGGUUGCCUAAUCUUGAGUACAGUAGUAGCUAUCAUCGAGAGUCUGCAGCACUUGGGGAAUUUAUUGACAAGAAUCUGCCAUUACAUAGAGCUCCGGUCAUAGAAAGCUUGCGUCUCGACUUCAAUUUUGGGAAUCCACAUGUUGGACCUGAAAAUAUCAAAAGGUGGGUUGAGAUUUCGGUUUCUCGCAAUGUACGUGAGCUGGAAGUUUCUUAUGAUUCGGAGAGCGAAAACAUAUUCCCGGGCAGCUUCUACACCUGCGCAUCGCUCGUGAUUUUGAAACUCGAAGACGUGACUCUCAUGGAUGUUCCCUCAACGGGUUGUCCUCACUCUCUCAAAACCUUGAAGCUUCAAUGUCUUGAAUACGCUAAUCUUCAACGACUUCUAUCUAUAUGUCCUGUUCUUGAAGAACUAUCGGUACAUUUUGAAUGUCGACGCCAUAAUAUGGGAGGGUUCACUAUCAUUGUCCCGUCCUUACAGAGCUUGUCACUCUCUGUAGCUGAUUAUUGGAAAUUUGAUGGGUAUGUGAUAGAUACUCCUUCUUUGAAGUAUUUGAAACUUGAGGAUUGGAAUGGUAUGAUACACUACAUUGAGAUUGAGGAUAUGCCUAAUUUGAAGGAAUCAUAUGUUGAUGUUCCGUGCUAUGAUCUCAAGAGUCUUAUAGGAUCAAUCAAGUCGGUCAAGCGUCUCACAAUAUGUUCAGAGGAUGAUUUGUCUGGUGAUGGUUUUGGUUUCAACCAGCUUGAACAUCUACAGCUAUGUGUGUGCAAACAGGAAUCAUCGCAUCUCCUUGGCCAUUUGCUCAAAAUUUCUCCAAACUUGCGAGUACUAGACAUCUCUCACAUGGAAUAUCAUGGCGAUGAUGGGAGAAAUAAAAUGGUGUGCUGGAAUCAACCGAGUUCUGUUCCUGAAUGCCUGUUGUCGAGUCUACAAAUUCUCAACUGGUCAAGGUACUUUGGGAGACCACAAGAUAGAGAUAUUGCGGUUUACAUUUUGAGAAACGCUUGUCACUUAAAGAAGGCAACAUUCUUGGCUGAUACACAAGAGUAUUAUGUGCCAGACCUUAAGAUGCUCAAGGAGUUGACACUUUCUUCCCGAGCUUCAAGCACAUGCGAGCUCGUAUUUGUUGAGGAGUAUCCUAUAUCCGAUGAACAAUUCAAAAACUAUGUAUUUAAUGGACGUCUAGUACAUAGGAAUGUCUAGUUUUUCCGACUAAUGAACGUCUAGUACAUAAGACCGUUUAAGAAUCUUCCGACUCUGCUAUGUACUCUGCUCGUAUGGUUUGUCUUCGACAUAAUUCUAGU